GCGGGCCCUCCUGGGCGCCCUCGUCGCCGCCCUGCUGGCGGGCCUGGUCGGCGCGGCGCCCCCGGCCGCCGGGUGCGACGGGAAGCCCUGCCCGGGCCAGGAGAGAUCGGGGCCGACCCGGAGCCUGGGGACGCGGACUCGGACCCGGUAUUUUUCGAAGAUGUCGUGGCGAGCUCGGGACCGCGGACGCCCGUGGCGGCCAUGAUCUUGUUCCUCUUCUGGACGAUAGCGCCGGUGGCCCUGUACGUCGUCAACGACUACUACUCCAGGACUGAGACACGGAAGCGCAUGGUGGAGGAGGGCGAGGAGCAGAGAUCAUUCGCCGAGGUUGGUGGUGCGGUUGUCGCGUCGGCAAGCCAGCACGUCGUCCUUGCCGCUUCGCUGGAGCACUCGCUGCCUCACCUGCCGAAGGGCAAGGCUAUCGCUGGUGGCUUGGGCAAGGUCAUGGAUCUCGUGGCCCGCCACCACCCUACUGAUAUCUACAUGGUACACCCAAUGAUCGGGUCGAGCGACAAGGUCGAUUACUCGUCGAGCGACAGGGUGGAGGAGGAUCGCCUCCGAUUCGAGGUCGACGGUCGCAUAGAGACCGUGAGAGUCUUCCGGUACACGUUCUGGCCCGGGGGUUUGGACGGCAUGCGCGUGGAGUUUCUGAUGUUGUCUCACCCUGUCUUCGAGGCGCGCACCAAGGAGUCCAUCUACCCGAACCCGAUGUCUCGGCGUGCCGUGCUGCGCUUCUUCUCCAUGUGGAACCAGGCCGUGGGGGCGCUGCUGGUGCGCUACAGGGUGGACGUCUUCCACUGUCCGGAUUUUCACACUGCAGUGGCUCCGUGGUACGCUGUGCCCUUGCACCCGCGACUCCGGGUGCUGGUGAUAUUGCACAACGCCGAGUACCAGGGAGGUAUCAGCACGGACAUGAUACGCGACAGCCGCCUGACCUCGAUGGCGAAGAUAUGGAAUCUGCCGGCUGAAAUUGUGCAGAAGCACCUGGUGCAGGACGGGCGCUUUAACAUGCUGAAGGCAGCGCUCGACUUCGUCAUGGAGCACCAGAAGGGCGUGGGCAUCUGCGCCGUGUCGGAGUACUACGCCCAGGAGUGCCACUGCACGUAUUCGCUGUUAUGGAGCGUGCCGCGCAUACAGGGAUUGGACAAUCCGAUGCUGGAAGAGGAACGGGCAAAGUUGACCAAGGAUCUUGUCACGACCAAAGCGGAGUCGAAAAGGGAGAUCCAGGAGCAGUUGGGGCUCAACGUGGAUCCGGAGGCCAGGAUCUUCGUAUCGCUCGGGCGUUUGGUACGACAGAAAGGAAUCGACCUGAUUGCCGACAUUGCGCCAUGGUUGUUGGAGACAUUUCCAGACGCCCAGGUCAUUAUCAUCGGCCCAAUCGGCGAUGGCUUUGGGCACUAUGCCGCAACCAAGCUCGAGGCUCUGUCGAAGGACUCGCGAUUCCGAGGCAGAGUCUUUGCGUGUUGCGAGUUCAUGAGGGUUGCAGAUAACUUGAAGUUCGCAGCAGACUAUUGUCUCAUGCCCUCUCGAGACGAGCCGUUCGGCUACGUGGAUAUCGAGUUUGCCUGGAGGGGGGCGGUGCUCGUGGGUGCGCAGGCCGGUGGCCUGGGCAAGGUCCCGGGCUUUUACUACGUGGCGCAGAACCGCGAGAAUACCGAGGUCAUGCGCAAAGAGUUGAAGGCGGUGAUCACCAGCGCAAUGCAGGCUCCCUCAGACCAGCUCUCCAAGAUGGCGCAGUCAGCCCUGGAGUGCGACUUCCCCCUGAACGAGUGGCAGCGGAAGCUGAUGGGGCUCUACUCAGACGUGCUGAGGACGUGCGGAGGUGCCGGGGGCGAGCUCCACGACCCAGGAUCACCGGCUACGCCGAAGCCGGACUCACAGGGACCCGGCGCCCCAGAAGUGGAGAUGGUCGCCGCCCCGCAGCGGACCGAGCCCGCGGGGCCAGCACCGGCAGGAGCGCGGCGUGGAGGCGAGGAGCGCAGGGGCAGCGUCAGCAAGGCCAUGAUGCCCAGGGCCACCGUGACGAGCGAGCGCCAGUCCCUGCCGCGGUCGUCCAGGGAGGUGGACAUGAUCAACGUGAACAUGGAGAGACCGAGUGCGGUCCAGUUUCCUCUCCGUGGCCCCCCUCGACGAUGCCUCGGAGUUUCUCACCCAGGAGCUCUCCGAGGAGGAGAUCGCAGAGAAGAUUCAGGAGAAGCUCCGCCACGGUUUUGA